AUGGCGGCGGCUCCGCUGCUGCUGCUGCUGCUGCUCGUGCCCGUGCCGCUGCUGCCGCUGCUGGCCCAGGGGCCUGGGGGCGCGCUGGGAAACCGGCAUGCGGUAUACUGGAACAGCUCCAACCAGCACCUGCGGCGAGAGGGCUACACCGUGCAGGUGAACGUGAACGACUAUCUGGAUAUUUACUGUCCGCACUACAACAGCUCAGGGCCCGGCGGCGGGGCGGAGCAGUACGUGCUGUACAUGGUGAACCUGAGCGGGUACCGCACUUGCAACGCCAGCCAGGGCUCCAAGCGCUGGGAAUGCAACCGGCAGCACGCCUCGCACAGCCCCAUCAAGUUCUCCGAGAAGUUCCAGCGCUACAGCGCCUUCUCGCUGGGCUACGAAUUCCAUGCCGGCCAAGAAUACUACUACAUCUCCACGCCCACUCACAACCUGCACUGGAAGUGUCUAAGGAUGAAGGUGUUUGUGUGCUGCGCCUCCACAUCGCACUCCGGGGAGAAGCCGGUCCCCACUCUCCCCCAGUUCACCAUGGGUCCCAAUGUGAAGAUCAACGUGUUGGAAGACUUUGAGGGAGAGAAUCCCCAGGUGCCCAAACUUGAGAAGAGCAUCAGUGGGACCAGCCCCAAGCGGGAACACCUGCCUCUGGCCGUGGGCAUCGCCUUCUUCCUCAUGACGCUCCUGGCCUCCUAG